AUGGGUGUGACCGGCCUCUGGACGGUCUUGCAGCCCUGUGCGAGGCCUAUCAAGCUAGAGACGCUGAAUAAGAAACGCCUGGCUGUCGACGCGUCAAUCUGGAUCUACCAAUUCCUGAAAGCCGUACGUGACAAAGAAGGAAACGCUCUUCGAAACUCUCACGUUGUUGGUUUUUUCCGAAGAAUCUGCAAGCUAUUGUACUUUGGCAUCAAGCCUGUGUUUGUCUUUGAUGGCGGCGCCCCGAUCUUGAAGCGGCAGACGAUCGCCGCGCGAAAAAAGAGACGGGAAGGCCGAAGAGAAGAUGCAACAAGGACUGCUGGGAAGUUGCUUGCUGUUCAAAUGCAGCGAACUGCAGAAGAAGAAGCAGAGUCACGACGACAAAAGAGAAAUCGUCCUUCUGGUGAAGAGCAGCCAAUACCGGACGUGCCUGUGUACGCGGACGAAACUUUCAUGACUGAGCAAGAAAAACAGAAGGCUCGAAAAUUCAAGAAAAAAGAUCAAUACCACCUGCCAAAUCUGGAUGUUUCUCUCGAAGAAAUGGGGGCUCCCAAUGACCCUCGAAUCAUGUCCCAGGAGGAGCUUGAAGAAUAUGCGCGGCAAUUUCAUCGUGGUCAAGACAUCAAUCUCUACGACUUUUCCAAGAUAGACUUUGACGGACCAUUCUUUCUGAGUCUUCCUGCAACAGACCGAUAUAACAUUCUCAAUGCAGCACGGCUGAGAAGUCGUCUCAGAAUGGGCUACUCUAAAGAGCAACUCGACACCAUGUUUCCAGACCGAAUGGCCUUCUCAAGAUUUCAAAUUGAACGGGUUGCAGAACGGAACGAUUUGACUCAACGGCUCAUGAACAUCAACGGAAUGAAUGGCGAGGACGCAUUUUACAAGUCUGGGCAGCGAAUCGCUGGCGAGCGCGGUCGAGAGUAUGUUCUGGUCAAAGAUAGCCAAAACGAAGGCGGGUGGGUCCUCGGUGUUGUGGGUAACAAAGAAGCCGGACGUGAGGAUAAGCCCAUCGACGUUGAUCAGUACGGGCAAGCGGAGCACAUAUCUGAUUCAGACGAAGUUUCGGAUGAUGAUGAAUUUGAGGACGUGCCAAUCGAGGGGAUCAAUCGACUUCCGAAGCUACCAUUCCUUCGGGAAGGUGCGUUUGACGAGUCCCUUCAACAGGCCAGAGAAGACUUGGACAUGCAAAAGGUCUUGUUUGAAUCGCGGCAGAGUGUUCAGAGAGCCUCUUCACUGGAUUUCGAUGAUGAUGCACUUUUUGUGAAGAAGGAUCAGAACGCACUCCCGCUCCCUCGUCGCGGUGAUUCUGAUGUAUUUGAAGAGGACCAUGACGAUGAGCUGGAGAGAGCAAUUGCUCUCUCCCUACAGCCCGCUGAGGAUGCGGAUGAAGACAUGCCCGAUCUCUCAAUCAAUCGAGACACUCGAAGUACAAUACGUGCAGGAAUAGCACCAGAUCACGCUUCUGAUACAAGCGAAGACGAUAUGGACUUUUCAGCCGCAGUCGCACAGACCAAGAUCACCCAGAAGAAACCUCUCAUCGACAAUCCUUUCUCGGGGCCCCUCCCUUUCGAGUCCAUCUCGCUCAAGAAGCCCGAUCCAAUCAAAUCCAAGUCCAAAGAAGAUGAGAAACUAGAUGACGAUGCCGGCGGAUUUCUCAAAGAGCCCGAAGAUGCGAAAAAGAAGACCGAGCCGCUGCCACCUUGGUUCUUCACUGGCAAAGUGAGCGAGGGUUUUAUCGCUGAACCAAGCUUUGAGGAGGACAAGGAUCAACAUGAAAUUGAUAACCUUGUAGUCUUCCCUAAGAAACAAUCUCCUGAAAUAAUCGACGUGGAUGACACGCCGGGAGCCGCGGAAGUCAUUGACCUGGAAGCGGAUGAGGACACGGAUUUGAACACGUCUGCAGACCCUGAUAAAGCUAACUUGAUGAACGCUGCACCAGGUCCUAGGCAGGAAGCGCAUGUUCAAGAUAACCUCGCUUCAGAUGUUGCCGAUGACGUGGCCCACGGCCACCCUCAGGCAGAUCGCCCUAAGGAAGAGGAGCCUGCCAUCAUUUUUGAAGGAGAGAAACUCAGGACGCCAUCUCCUGAGGUCGAAAUGUCUCCUGAACCUGAAUUCGAGGAUGUCGUACCUCCUUCUCCUCCUCCCAUCCAUAUCUCAGCACAAUCCUCCGGGCCGGCCUCGAUGCCUGUUGCUGGAGCUGAACUGUCGAGCGAGGCCAAAUUUGAACUCGCAUCAGAGCAUCCAGGUCCUGUGCCAUUUGAUCAAGGUGACGACGACUUCAGUGACCCUGAGGAUGAGGAUCUUAUGCGACAACUAGCGGCCGAGGGCGAAGAACAUGUCCGGUUCGCCCAGACUCUGAACUCGGAUAUUAUGCUCAAUGAAGUCGACUACGAGAAGGAGCUGAAGCAGCUUCGCAAUCAGCAGCGCAAAGAUCGGCGCGAUGCGGAUGAAGUCACGCAAAUUAUGAUCAACGAGUGUCAACAAUUACUACGCCUCUUUGGACUGCCGUAUGUUACCGCGCCGAUGGAGGCGGAGGCUCAGUGCGCCGAGCUCGUGACAUUGGGGCUCGUGGAUGGCAUCGUCACCGACGACAGUGAUACUUUCCUCUUCGGCGGUACUCGAGUGUAUAAGAACAUGUUCAACCAAAGCAAAUUUGUAGAAUGCUAUCUUGCAUCUGAUCUGGAAAAGGAGUUUGCUCUUCACCGAGGGAAGUUGAUCAGUUUUGCACAUCUGCUCGGUAGCGAUUACACCGAGGGCAUCCCGGGAAUCGGUCCCGUCAAGGCGCUCGAAAUCAUCACGGAAUUUCCCAAUCUUGCCGAAUUCCGAGAGUGGUGGACAGAACUUCAGAUGGGUGUGAACCAGGCCGACGACACCCACGCCGCCUUUCGGAAGAAGUUUCGCAAACAAGCCUCCAAGAUCUUCCUGCCGCCGACAUUCCCGGACACCCGUGUGGAUGAGGCCUAUCUACAUCCUGAAGUGGACUCGGAUCCAUCGCCAUUUCAGUGGGGCGUUCCUGAUCUGAAUGGUCUGCGACAAUUUCUCAUGGCCACCAUUGGCUGGAGUCAAGAACGGACGGAUGAAGUUUUGGUGCCCGUGAUUCGGGAUAUGAAUCGCCGAGCUCAGGAAGGUACACAGUCCAACAUCACCCAGUUCAUGCAGGGGUCGCUCGGGGCGGGGGCAUUUGCACCUCGAGUACGCCCCGGGGGCCCUAGUCGAAUGGAGAAGGCCUUUGGGCGCCUACGGCAAGAAGCACGUGGAGAUCCCAUAGCACCUUCGGCCGAGCCAGCUUCCGCCCCGGUAACCUCCCCUUUAGAUGGAAGCGAUUCGGAUGAGGACGACACGCGCGAGGAGUCGAGCUCUGGAAAACGUGCGGCCACCAAGAACGCGGGCACGCGUGGCAUCAGCAAAAAGCGCAAGACUCGUGGCGCAUGA